GACGUCACCCAUUCAAAACAGACAAGCCUAGACACACUCCGUCAGCUGGACCGGCGAUGCUCCCUCUGUGCACCCGACUGUGCACCCGCAGCGCACACCAGCGGAGCCGGGGGACCGCAACAGUGCUGUAGAAUGGCACCUGUCUGAAGUGCGGCACUAAAGACACAGUGUGACUUUACGCGCACACUCGGGCUGACUGCUGUUGAGAGCUUGGACGUUAUUUACAUCUUGGUUAAUUAUGACACUCGAAGAUGAUUUAACGACAGCAGCGGCAACAGGGAACGCGGCGGCCGUGGAGUACCUCCUGGAGACCGGGGCGCACGUGAAUGGGCUCAACCGCUUUGGGAGAACCGCGCUCCAGGUGAUGAUGAUGGGCAGCCUCUCAGUGGCGCAGACACUGCUGAAGCAUGGAGCGGAUCCAAAUGUGCGGGACCGCAGCACCGGGGCCACACCGCUACAUGACGCAGUCAGGACGGGUUUCGUGGACACUGCGCGCCUACUGAUCGAGUUCCAAGCAGAUCCGAAUCUCAGAGACAACAAGAAUCUUCGACCCAUCGACAUUGCAAAACUCGGGGGUCACGAGGAAGUUUUCGCUUUUCUGGAAACUGAAUGAACAAAGUGUGGCGCUGGUUUGGAGCGGGGACAGAGCGGGGAGAGGACUGGAAGAGGCCUGAAGGCCUCCUUUUCAUAAUAACCGAUAGCAAUUAUUUAUUAAUGACUGUCCUAGUAAUAACAAAGGCACUGGAGUGUCAUAGUGAAAUGUCAGUGAAAGGAAACAUGUUGCACAUCGCUGCUGGCACUGCCCAUUUAUAGAGCACUUUAUUACAGGCUGCUUUGCACCUCACGUGAAAACCAAAGUAGAAAAGUAAAUUUAAUGUGUAACACAGACUAAUUAAAAUACAAGAUAAAACAUGUUUUUAAUGUGGUUGUUUUAAAUAAGACAAAGGAAAUAUUCUGUGUCUGUGCCAUUUUAUAAGACAUUUGAUAAAAGAAACAGUUAAAUCCACCAAUAAGAUUAAGAUUACAAGAGAUUGUGUUUUAUUCAUUUUCAUGUAAUAAUAAACAGAAAUAGGGGACCAAUGUUCGAGGUAUAAAGUGGCUUGAGAGAUCAGAUGACUCUUAAUACAAAAUACUCCAGUCAUGGAUUUUUAGCUGAAACAACUAAGUGAUCAUCAAAUGGUUAUGUUCAACAAAAAUUAUAAUAAUACAUAAAAGCAAAUGGGUGAUCUAGUAAGGCAAACCUCUAAAUCUGUUUGUCAGACAGAAUAGUUCUUCAGGCGGCCGGCAAACAAAAACAACGGCAUUUUUCCAGGGGUUUUCACCAGCAGAGUCGUCUGCAAAGUCUUUAUUCACUCUUAAUGUUUUGGUAACAUAACUGCAGACUGGGCCAUUGCCUGGAAAAUAAAGAUUCAACAGCACAACAUAACCUCAGUAUAACUUCCAACAUCUUUACCUGUUAAUAGUUAUGUCAAAUACUUACUUUUAAGGACGCCUGAGUCUGUCCCCAGUCCAUUUGGCUGAUCUGGGGUAUGGCUGUUAGGAGGAUGCUGCUUGCCUUGUUUGCAUUUUCUUUCAUUGUCUUGAGCACAUUGUCAACACAGACCUGAGAGCACAAUGAGAAUGAAGUCACAACCUAAAACUAAUCCUUCACAUGAGUAGGCCUGUCACGAUAACACAUUUUGAAGUUUGAUAUAUAUCGCUUAAGUAAAUUAACGAUAAUAUUGAAACUAAUUUAUGCCACUGACAAUAAUCCAAGAGCAGAUUUAAACCACAAAAACGCUUCUAAAUCUACAAUAUUAUUUUAAAAAAAAUUGUGUAUCUGCAUGUGUAAUGAGCCAUAUAAGUUAAUUAAUUCAACCUUUUACAGCCUAAAUCUUAUAAUAACCAAAAAUUCCCCAGUAGUGCAAAGAAAAUGUAACACAAGAAAUAUUCACCCUCAAAAAAUAUAGUUCCAGGUUUCAUAAAGUGAGCGAUAAGUCAGUACAGUGAAGAUCGUGACCAGCUGCCUUAAGAAUAUGCAUAAAGCUUUAUUUGAACACUGUGUAAUCCCUCAGUCGUGUGCGCAUGAUCCACAGCAAAAGAAAUAUUCAAUUCUGUCAACUGGACAAAAGUUUUAGAGUGAGAUUUGAUUUUUUUCAUACCUGGACGACUGAGGGAUUCCACAAACUUCACUUUGUUUGAACAAUUUACUACAAUGAGGACAAAAGUAAACUGCACUUGUCCAGUUUGUGGUAAAACAGGGUUGUGGCUGAGUUUUUAGGAAAUUCAAAUGAUGAUGAGGGAAAAUAAUCAAAACCGGUCCUACAUAUCAGCCCCAAAAUAUCAGCAGACCUCGGCAUUGUUGUUGUUUUUUUUGUUGUUGUUUUUUCUGCAUUUAAAACAAUCGGUAUCGGCAUCACCCAUAAAAAAAACAAAAAACAUAUCAGUCGAUUUCUAUUUCAAACUGAUACUGAUUUGAGAAUGCUUCUAAUGUUUUCUGGACGGUUUAUGCACAAUUAUUGCUGCUAGUAAAUAAUGUGGUCUCUGUUGCAGUGAGCACUUUCAAGAUAGUCUGCUUUUGUUCUAAUAGUUUGCAUGUUACUGUCUGGUUUAGCUUUUCCAGAAAUGUUCUGUGAUUUAACUUUUUUAAGUACUUUAAGUAAAAUGCAUGUACAAAAAAUAAGCACAGAUAUAAAGGCUUCAUGCAAUCAUGUGUAUACAAAAGGCCUGUCACCAUAACACACUUGAAGUGCGAUAUAUUACUCAAGAAAACACAGACGACUAACAAUAAUAUUAAAACUAGUUUAUGCCACUGACACAGUAGCCCUAGGGCAGAAUUAUUCCCCAAAAAAUCUAAAGAAAAAAACACUAAAAUCUGUCCUUAAAUCUAACCUUUGAACAGAAAAAUAAUAAAAACUCCCCAUGAUAAAUAUUAACUCAUAAAAGACUGGUGCAAAUUGAAAUAUGUGCAAUAUUGCGGUUAUACUUGGGUCUAAUUCUGAAUGUAUUUUUUUACUGUUGUGACUGGUUGAUCACUCUUAAGAGGACUGUCCCUUCACUUAUAUAAGGGGAGCGUCAGGGGCUGUCCUCAUAUACCCGAGGAAGAUCAGAGGGACCGAAACGCUGUGCUAAUAAAAGUGAACCAAGAGUAAGACAGUGUGCGGGAGUCUUUUUAACCUUUCAGUCAAGUGCCUCUCCCCCGGUGCACCUGUCGUCCUGUCAGGUGUGCAGUUUACACAGAAACAAGUAUAAAUAUUGACCCACCCAGAAUUAUUCCAUCUAACAUACUGAAGCGGAUAUAUAAAUUAUGGUGACAGGCCUAAUAUAUCCAACUGCAACUAUUUACAGUCAAUUAAUUAAUCCUUUUCACUGUCAAUGUUAAGAUUUUUAAUUAUACUUUGGAUGCAAAACCUAUACUUUUUGAGAUUUGUUAAAAUAUCUUGUAUAUCUGGAGAUUGUGUGUUUCAGGUAUUUUCAUUACUACACAUGAUCUUGUAUCUAGCCUGCACUGAUCUUAAUUACCAUAAUCACUUGUGGAAAUUGUAUUAGUUGUACAGACGCAGCCUCCAUUACAGAAAGCCACACAACCUAUUUCCUCAAAGCUCUAUGAGAGCACGAUUACCCAGCUGCAUGCCUACUGUUCUUUAUCCAUUCAUUUAACAGUGAAUAAAUCAAAAUAAGUU